GGUUGGCCAUGGGGCUGUGGAGUUGGCUGCUGCUUCUUUGUCGGAGCUUGGUGUGGGCAACUUCCUCCAGCCCAGCUAACGACCUCUUACUGGAGUGCAACAAGACAGAUGUCCUGCUGGCUGUGAAGAAGGUUCCUUUUAUGGAGAGCCAGUAUCUCUACCUGGGCAGCUGCCCCGCUUCCAGCGUCUUCACCAUGCCCGGCUACGUUGUCUUUGCUUACCCGAUGAAGGCCUGUGGCUUCUCACGGCUGACAUCUGGUAAGAUGGUGGAGUUCUUCACGGAUCUGGUUUACAGACCCCCUGCGGGUCAUUCCCUCCCUGGGUUCAGCCAGAGAGUUAACUGCACCUACAAAGAGCUGGAGGCCCCAGUCUCCGCUCAGGUCUCCUCCGUGACUGGCCACCUGUCGGCUCUGGGAAAACUGGAGUUCAUUGUGACCCUCGGGAAUGGGCAUCCUGAUGCUUCCAAUGCCAGCACUUUCUUCCUGGGCUCUCCGGUCAUCGUGGAGUUUGCAGUGGACAGUGCCUUCCACCAGCCCCUACAGCUCUACGUGGAUACAUGUGUGGCUGCCUCCAGUCCAGAGCUGCGUCAGGCCGCAGUGCAGUAUAGCGUCAUUGAAAAUUAUGGAUGCUUUGUAGAUGGCCGAAGAGCCAGGUCCCACUUCUUGCCCAGACGGGCCCCUGAGAGGCUCCAGCUUUCCCUGCAGGCCUUCCGGUUCAGUGAGCUGGACUCUGAUGUUUAUCUCCAUUGCCGUGUGCUGGCCUGGGAUCCCAAGAUACCCUCAGAUGUCACCAAAAAAGCCUGUUCCUUCCACAGAGACACGGCCAGAUGGGAACUCCUUGACGAUCCCUGGCUGGAAAGUGUGUGUGACUGCUGCGAUAGCCGGUGCCCACCUGCUGCCUUCCGCCACAAAAGGGACCUUGGAGGGACUGGGCAGAUCCCCAAGGUCUUCAGUACAGUGAUCGGCCCUUUAACCAUAAAGGAUAAUGUCCUCAACUCUCAAUCCUUGGCUCAAGUCAAGAACCACAGAGUUUCCCCGGAGUCAGGGAGUCCCCCCUGGGACAACGCCUCAAAUCCUCUAAUCCCUGGAUCUACCACUAUCCCGAUGGAUCUUGAACUCCAGAACACCAGCCUCAGGCUGCCUGAGAGAAUGCCUCUUCUCACCAGGAUGCAGGAUGCUAACAAGAACAUGGUAUUGCCCCUCUGGAGUGAUGAAAACAUCACUGAACCCCCUGGGACUGAAGUGUCCCUUGGCAUCUCUUCUGGAAUGACUAUUCCUCCCCAUCCAAUCUCCAAGGUCAAGACUGCUCGCCCAACACAGCCCCGCAUGAACUUUUCCCUGAGGAUUCUAGAUGAUGGGCUUACUGCUGAUGGGCAGCCCCACCCGUUCAUGUUGGGGUCCCCCGUGACUCUGGAAGCCCGGGUGGAGCCCUUCCCUGGCCGGCUCCUGAGGAUCUAUGUGGAUGAAUGUUAUGGGCUGCAAGUCCGGCACCUGAGCCACUCCAGGAGGCUCUAUGCCCUUGUCAACAACCAUGGAUGCCUAUUAGACAAGAUUGGAAACUCCACAUCCUGGAACCGCACUGGGGAAAUGGUUCUGCAGUUAGUGGUACCCUCCUUCAUGUUUACUGAGCAAACACAGGAGAAGGUCUAUAUCCACUGCUGGCUGAGGGUUUGGAGCCAAACCAGAGCCUUGGAGCCUGGCCGGAAAUCCUGUUCUUACGACCCUGUCCUGUCCAGGUGGACUCUUCCGGAAGACCCCUCUGAGAGCUCUGUGUGUAACUGCUGUGGGGAUAGUUGUUCCGCACCAGAAAUGAGCCACAAAGAAUUUCCUGGAGAAGGGAGAGUUCAAAAGGUGGUGGUCGGGCCCCUGCUGGUACAGAGGAAGCCACCACUGUGGUUUGAUGCAUCUUGCAAGACUCUGAAGCAGUUUGUACUGACUGGAUUGGCAUUUGUGGCGAGUUUUCUGCUGGUGCUGUUUGUUACGGGAGCUUUUGUGGGCUUAGUGGUGGCUUUGGGUCGCCUGUGCUGCUGCCGCAAGCACCCACGUCCUAAGAGGCAGAGGAGAAGCUGCCCCUACCAGGAAGAGCUGCAGGUAGUGGUGGAAGAAGUGGUUUCCUCAGAUGAGGAAGAGACCAAGAUGUGCCCGCUAAGCGUUACUGAAGAACUGGAUGACAACUGAAUGUUCCAAUUAAACUAGAAAUAAAAGUUUAAUUUGUCUUUCA